CCGUCGGCAGUUCGCUCGCGGCUCGCCAGAUUUCACCAUCGUUGUUCGUUCAUUGGCGGCCAUCAACCGAAGCCUGCCUCUACUUUUAGCAAAUGGACGCGUGUGCUUCGCCACGGAAAAUUUUGGGUUGAUUUUCUAUCGCAUCAAAAGUGAUUACAGUGCGCGUAAUUUGAGCUAAAAUAGCGAAAAAUUUGUUCCCAAGUCGUUAGAGAACAGAUCCUGACUAACCACUUCUCCGUGUCGAGUCGAGAGGGGUGGAAAAAUUUGUCUGAACGGAAGCAAUAAGAAGAAGACAAACAGGAAAAACAAUAAUAGGCAAAAGAAGCGGCAUCCGCUGCAAAAAUGAACGGCGAUUCGAAAGCACCGCUUCGGACGGUGAAGAAGGUCCAGUUCGGGAUCCUUUCGCCGGAUGAAAUCCGUCGUAUGUCGGUAACGGAGGGAGGAAUUCAGUAUGCCGAAACGAUGGAAGGAGGCCGUCCGAAGUUGUGCGGUUUGAUGGAUCCUCGGCAGGGUGUCAUCGAACGUACUUCUCGUUGUCAGACAUGCGCUGGCAAUAUGACCGAAUGUCCAGGACAUUUCGGUCACAUCGAUUUGGCCAAACCGGUAUUUCACAUCGGUUUCGUAACGAAAACCAUCAAGAUUUUACGCUGCGUUUGUUUCUAUUGCUCAAAGAUGUUGGUCGCUCCCAGUAACCCAAAGAUAAAGGAAAUUGUGAUGAAAUCUAAGGGACAGCCCCGCAAGCGUUUAGCCUACGUGUACGAUCUGUGCAAGGGUAAGAAGAUUUGCGAGGGCGGUGAAGACAUGGACAUUACCAAGGACGGAGCGCAACCGGAUCCAAACAAGAAGCAAGGUCACGGUGGUUGCGGUCACUAUCAGCCUUCGCUCAGAAGAACCGGAUUGGAUGUGAUUGCCGAAUGGAAGCAUGUUAACGAAGACUCGCAGGAAAAGAAGAUCGCUGUAACGGCAGAACGAGUUUGGGAAAUUCUUAAACACAUUACCGACGAGGAAUGCUACGUUCUGGGAAUGGAUCCAAAGUUUGCACGUCCGGAUUGGAUGAUCAUAACAGUGCUACCAGUUCCUCCGUUGGCAGUUAGACCGGCUGUCGUCAUGUUUGGAGCUACAAAGAAUCAGGACGAUUUAACGCACAAGCUCUCGGAUAUCAUUAAAGCUAACAACGAAUUGAAAAAGAAUGAAGCCACCGGUGCGGCCGCUCAUGUGAUUGCUGAGAAUAUCAAAAUGUUGCAGUUUCAUGUCGCCACGCUGGUUGACAAUGAUAUGCCCGGUAUGCCGAAAGCUAUGCAAAAAAGCGGAAAGCCUCUGAAGAGUGUCAAAUCUAGAUUGAAGGGUAAGGAAGGUCGUAUCCGUGGUAAUCUGAUGGGAAAACGUGUGGAUUUUUCGGCUCGUACUGUCAUUACUCCGGAUCCUAAUCUGCGUAUUGACCAGGUCGGUGUGCCACGAUCAGUCGCACAAAACAUGACCUUCCCAGAGUUGGUCACUCCCUUUAACAUCGAUAGAAUGCAAGAAUUGGUCCGUAGAGGCAAUUCCCAAUACCCCGGAGCGAAAUACAUCGUUCGUGACAACGGCGAAAGAAUCGACCUUCGGUUCCAUCCCAAAUCCAGUGACCUCCAUCUCCAGUGCGGUUACAAAGUGGAGCGGCAUUUGCGUGACGACGAUCUGGUCAUUUUCAACCGUCAGCCCACACUACACAAAAUGAGUAUGAUGGGUCAUCGAGUCAAAGUACUACCCUGGUCAACAUUCCGGAUGAACCUCAGUUGUACCUCUCCUUAUAACGCAGAUUUUGACGGAGAUGAAAUGAAUCUUCACGUGCCGCAGUCUAUGGAAACGCGUGCUGAAAUCGAGAACAUUCACAUCACCCCUCGACAAAUUAUUACUCCACAGGCAAACAAACCCGUCAUGGGUAUUGUGCAGGACACGCUAACGGCCGUUCGAAAAAUGACCAAACGCGACGUCUUCCUGGAGAAGGAACAGAUGAUGAAUCUGCUUAUGUUCUUGCCCACUUGGGAUGGCAAAAUGCCGCAACCUUGCAUCCUGAAACCCAAACCUCUCUGGACGGGCAAGCAAAUUUUUACCCUCAUCAUCCCCGGAAACGUAAACAUGAUCCGUACACAUUCGACCCAUCCGGAUGAAGAAGAUGACGGCCCGUACAAGUGGAUUUCCCCCGGAGACACCAAGGUCAUGGUAGAACACGGCGAACUGAUCAUGGGCAUUCUUUGCAAAAAGACACUCGGUACUUCGGCCGGUUCACUGCUUCACAUCGUUUUCCUCGAACUGGGACACGAAAUCGCCGGACGAUUCUACGGUAACAUUCAGACUGUGGUCAACAACUGGCUGCUGCUGGAGGGCCACAGCAUCGGUAUCGGUGACACCAUUGCCGAUCCUCAGACGUACGCAGAAAUUCAGAGGGCAAUUCGCAAAGCCAAAGAGGAUGUCAUUGGCGUGAUCCAGAAGGCACACAACAUGGAACUGGAACCGACCCCGGGUAACACGCUUAGGCAGACUUUCGAGAAUCAGGUGAAUCGUAUUCUGAACGAUGCUCGUGACAAAACUGGUGGCUCUGCUAAGAAAUCUUUGACUGAAUACAACAAUCUAAAGGCUAUGGUGGUUUCCGGUUCUAAGGGUUCCAACAUUAAUAUCUCUCAGGUUAUUGCUUGCGUGGGUCAACAAAACGUCGAAGGUAAGCGAAUUCCGUUCGGUUUCCGUAAACGCACCCUGCCGCACUUCAUCAAGGACGAUUACGGUCCCGAAUCCAGAGGCUUCGUGGAAAAUUCCUACCUUGCCGGACUGACACCGACCGAGUUCUACUUCCACGCUAUGGGAGGUCGCGAAGGUUUGAUUGAUACUGCUGUAAAGACUGCUGAAACCGGUUAUAUCCAGCGUCGUCUGAUCAAAGCUAUGGAGUCGGUAAUGGUGAACUACGACGGAACCGUGCGAAACUCGGUCGGCCAGCUGAUUCAGUUGCGUUACGGUGAAGACGGACUGUGCGGAGAAACUGUGGAGUUCCAGAAUCUGCCCACGAUUAAGCUGUCGAAUAAGGUGUUCGAGAAGCGCUAUCGAUUCGAUCCUACUAACGAGAGGAAUUUGCGAAGGGUUUUCAACGAAGAUGUUAUCAAGGAGCUAACGGAAUCGCCGGAUGUUAUCCAGGAAAUUGAAGCCGAGUACGAACAGUUGCUGCGGGAUCGGGAGGCGCUGAGACAGAUCUUUCCGAAUGGAGAUUCAAAGGUCGUAUUGCCAUGUAAUUUGCAACGCAUGAUUUGGAACGUGCAGAAGAUUUUCCACAUCAAUAAACGAGGCACAACCGAUCUAUCACCGCUCAAGGUCAUUCAUGGAGUUAGAGAACUUUUGACCAAGUGUGUCAUCGUGGCCGGAACCGAUCGUUUGUCAAAACAGGCCAACGAAAACGCCACACUGCUAUUCCAGUGUCUGGUUAGAUCAACGCUCUGCACAAAAUACGUCGCCGAGGAGUUCCGUUUGAACAACGAAGCAUUCGAGUGGUUGAUUGGAGAAAUCGAAACCAGAUUCCAACAGGCGCAGUGUAACCCCGGUGAGAUGGUGGGUGCCUUGGCCGCCCAGUCACUUGGCGAACCCGCUACUCAGAUGACACUGAAUACUUUCCAUUUUGCUGGUGUGUCCUCGAAGAACGUAACACUGGGUGUACCCAGGCUGAAGGAAAUCAUCAAUAUUUCCAAACGACCAAAAGCUCCUUCUCUAACGGUGUUCCUUACUGGUGGUGCCGCUCGUGAUGCCGAAAAGGCAAAGAACGUGCUCUGUCGGCUGGAACACACCACACUGAGGAAGGUCACGGCCAAUACGGCUAUCUACUAUGAUCCCGAUCCGCAGCGAACCGUCAUCGCAGAAGAUCAGGAAUUCGUCAAUGUCUACUACGAAAUGCCUGAUUUUGACCCAACUCGUAUUUCACCUUGGCUGCUGCGUAUCGAACUGGAUCGUAAGCGUAUGACAGAUAAGAAGUUGACUAUGGAGCAGAUUGCCGAAAAAAUAAAUGCAGGAUUCGGUGACGACUUGAACUGCAUCUUCAACGACGAUAACGCCGAUAAGUUGGUUCUUCGAAUUCGUAUCAUGAACGGAGACGACAGCAAGUUCCAGGAGAACGAGGAAGAAAACAUGGACAAGAUGGAAGAUGAUAUGUUCCUGAGGUGCAUCGAGGCGAACAUGUUGUCUGACAUGACGCUGCAGGGAAUUGAAGCCAUCGGAAAAGUGUACAUGCAUUUGCCACAGACAGAUGCCAAGCGAAGGAUUGUCAUCACCCCGGAGGGAGAAUUCAAAGCUAUCGGAGAGUGGCUGCUGGAAACUGACGGUACUGCAAUGAUGAAAGUAUUGAGCGAACGAGAUGUGGACCCGGUACGUACGGCCAGUAACGACAUUUGCGAGAUCUUCCAAGUACUUGGAAUCGAAGCUGUGCGAAAGUCGGUCGAAAAGGAAAUGAACAACGUCCUGCAGUUCUACGGUCUUUAUGUAAACUAUCGUCAUCUUGCCUUGCUUUGUGACGUCAUGACAGCAAAGGGUCACUUGAUGGCCAUCACACGUCACGGUAUCAACAGACAGGACACUGGCGCUCUGAUGAGAUGUUCCUUCGAAGAAACGGUGGACGUGCUGAACGAUGCUGCUGCUCACGCAGAAGUAGACCCUAUGAGAGGUGUGUCGGAAAAUAUUAUCAUGGGACAGCUUCCAAGAAUGGGAACCGGUUGUUUCGAUUUGCUGCUGGAUGCCGAAAAGUGUAAACUUGGUAUGGAAAUUCCGCACACCUCAAUCAUGGGCGGAUCCGGAAUGUUCUUCGGCUCGGGAGCAACUCCAAGUAUGAGUCCUGCUAUGACUCCUUGGCAGCAAUCUCAAACCCCUGGCUAUUGCGAUUGGUCUCCAUCUGGACCCCCCAGUGGAAUGACACCUGGCGGACCAAGCUUCUCACCAUCAGCGCAAUCCGACGCAGCAGGACUGUCACCAUUGUGGUCUCCAAUGCCUGGAUCGCCAAGUUCUCCCGGUCCAUCGAUGUCUCCUUACUUCCCAUCAUCUCCAAGUGCGUCGCCAUCGUAUUCACCAAGCAGCCCUAAUUAUGCUGCUGCAUCUCCCGGAGGAGCCUCUCCGGCGUAUUCACCAACUAGCCCCAGCUAUUCACCAACCAGUCCGACUUAUUCUCCCACAAGUCCACGAUAUUCGCCAACAAGCCCAAAUUACAGUCCGACGUCGCCGCAGUAUUCGCCUACAUCUCCAAGCUAUUCACCAACGUCGCCACACUACUCUCCGUCGCAAACGUAUGGUGCUUCCAGUCCAGCAUACUCUCCAACCUCUCCCUCAUAUUCCCCAACCAGCCCGUACUCACCCACGUCUCCCAGUUAUUCACCGACUUCGCCGGCGUAUUCCCCAACCAGCCCUUCCUAUUCACCAUCCAGUACUUCCUAUUCUCCAACGUCACCGUCCUAUUCUCCGACAUCCCCGAGCUAUUCGCCAACAUCCCCCAACUACACCCCGGCGACCCCUUCUUACUCGCCAACAAGCCCCAACUAUUCACCCAGCUCUCCGCACUAUUCCCCAACCUCUCCAUCCUAUUCCCCAUCGUCUCCGAAGUACUCUCCAACAUCCCCAAGCUACUCACCCACCUCCCCAUCCUACGGUGGAAGCCCACAGUACACUCCAGCUAGUCCGCAGUAUUCUCCAACCAGCCCGAAAUACUCUCCGACGUCGCCCAGCUACUCACCAAGUUCGCCACAGCAUUCGCCGGGCGGUAGCAACAACUUCUUGAGCAGCUCCCCCACCUAUUCACCGUCGGCAAUCUACUCGCCGAACAUGUCCUCGUACUCCCCGGGCAGCCAGAAAUACUCGCCCACAAGUCCGGUGUACACGCCUACAUCGCCGCAUUAUUCGCCAUCCAGUCCGGCAUAUUCCCCAACCGGACAAGGCUAUAGCCCGUCGAGUCCGGCCAGUCCGACCUAUUCGCCGACCAGCCCAUCCUACGAGGAUAGUCCAGAUGAUUAGAGGAAACGUUAAACCGAAGAUGUUAGAUGACUGGCCAGGGUUAUUGAUCAUGUAUAUGAGCGUUGCGGUAAGGCUGAUGUUUUGAUUCGUUUAAAUGAUGGAGCUAUCUACUCCUAAAAAAUAGUUUUUUUUAUCUUUACUACUAUAAAAUAAGAAACAAAAAAAGAAUACUAAAUCCGUUUAGUUUUGCUUUCAAUCCAGGUUGUUCUGGUUUGUCAAUCACAAAUGGGACGGAUAAGAUUCAAUUUUUGUAAUUUAUUUGGGAUUAACGUCCAACAAUUUAAAAAACAGUUUUGGAAGUAAGUUUUGAACGAACUCAAAUCAAUAUUUAUAACACGGAACAUAAUUUAGCAAUGCAUUUAGGAUUAAACAAUUGGAUGACUAUUAUUAUAUUUGUGUAUGUCUCAUGAGCUAUUCGCAUUGUUUACUUUCCUUUGGUAAAAUUUGAGAACCAUAACUAUAUGGCAAGUAAUUACAAGUAAUGCAGAUUUUACCUGUUAAAGACAGUUAUUUGAGAAUAAUAAAUGCAUAUGGAACAUA